AGGUGAAAAAAAAAAUUUAUCAAUAACCAUAAAUUUUUCUUGAUCGAUUGGCGAUUGGCGAUAACACUUUAUAUUCCGAAACUUGAUAAAUAAUAAUUUAUACCUGAUUAUUUUGGCAUAGUCUAUCAUUUUAUAUAUCAGUUAUUAUUAUGUAGGAAUUCUUCUACGUUUAACAUGCAAAAGGUGGAACCAUAUUGUGAUCAGUUUAAUAAGUCAUGCUUAUUUUGACAUUGUAAAUAGAACAACGACAACAUUUAAGAAAAAUCAUGUGAACUAUUAAAUGAAAUAAUAAAUUGUAUUACUGUAAUCAGCAAUACUUGAUGGAUGACAUCAAUAAUUCUUGUUUCUCCAUCAUGAAGAAAGCAACAAAACUAACACAAGAAAGAAACACGUCAAGAAUAAAUAGAAAGAUUAUAACAAAUUUAUAAAUCCCGUACGAUGAAUAGAUUAAAGAUGUAUAUCAAUUAUAAUUUUAUUGGAUCACUUUGUUGGAUGAUUACAACUCUUUUUACUUUACAAAUUUUCCUUUUUUUUUUUAAGUUUAGCUUUAUCGUUAUAGUGGUAGUUAAUCCCUUUUUUUGUCGUUCCGAUAAUACAACUCAAUAAAUGUAAAAUUUAUUUAAUAAAGUUCCG